UCCGAUCUGAUAAGCAAAAAAGGCGAAAAAAACCACAGCCAGCAAGUUAUCUUCUACAGCAGAAGAAUGGCGAAAAUAUCAGGAAAAUAAUAAUACAUCAUUAGUAAUACAAACAGCACCCGUAGACUAUAAGAGGGUUACUCUGUGGAUACCUGUGCUGUAACCGUCUAGUCGCAUCACCACGUUUGUUGACUGUGCGUUGGUGCUGACCUGUCUAGAUAGAUAUACGGAGUAUAUCCAUCCAUAUCUAUAUCCGCACUCGCCCUCUCUCUAGAUCAACUACCCACAGCAUUUUUGGAUAGGCCCUAUUUAUAUGAACACUACUUCUCAGCAGAGAAACGUUACAGCCCUCGAUCUUAUUCUGGCGACUCUCAUUUCGGAUCCUAAGCCGCCUCCAACGCAAAAUAUUAGAACGAUUUAAUGGGAGAACCUACUAUUACCAACCCCGCGCGGGGAGUUGCGCCGAAAAAAGUAUGGACCACUCUAAUCACCAACUCCGACUACCUCCCGGGCCUCCUCACCCUAGACUACUCACUGAAAAAAGUCGGCUCCAAAUACCCCCUCGUAGCGCUUUACACAGACUCCUUCCCACCAGAGGGACAUUCGGCGUUACAAGUGAGGGGCAUCCCAGCCAAGCAUAUCCCUUAUCUCCUCCCUGCCGCCCACAAGGAUUACAGUAAUGACACCCGCUUCUACGACUGCUGGAGCAAGCUAACUCCCUUCUCGCUUGUGGAAUAUGAUCGCGUCGUCCAGUUGGACAGCGACAUGCUGGUGCUGCGCAACAUGGACGAGCUGAUGGAGAUGGAGCUGGACGAUCCAGCGCUGAAGGGGGAGGGCCUCCGCGUUUUCGCUGCGAGCCAUGCGUGCGUGUGUAACCCGUUGAAGAAACCGCAUUAUCCCAAAGACUGGAUCCCAUCCAACUGCGCCCUGACAACCCAACAUUCAGACCCUACCAGCGCGCAAACACAAGGCGCUCCCGCAACCGCUGGCCUAGCCGUGCUCAACGGAGGCCUCCAGGUCGUCAAUCCUUCUACCGCUAUUUACGAGAAAAUCCUCGCCGUCCUGCAAACCCCGUCCUCAACAUCCAACUACGCCUUCGCUGACCAGUCGCUGCUCUCAGAUCUGUUCCCGGGUCGCUGGGUCCCGUUGCCGUAUAUUUAUAAUGCCCUGAAGACGUUACGGUGGGAAGGGGUGCAUAGUGCGAUCUGGAGGGAUAUAGAAGUUAAGAAUGUGCAUUAUAUUUUGAGUCCGAAGCCGUGGGAUGAGAAGGAGGAGGAGAAGGAAAAGGAGAAAGCGCAGGUAGAUGAGACGCACCGCUGGUGGUGGAGGGUUAAUAGAGAGAGAUUGGAAGAGGAGGAGAAGAGCGGGAUAAAGGCGGAUGGUUUUUAGUAAGUGGUUAUUUUUUUGGAUAUUGUUGGAUAUCUAUUGCUCUUUUUUUUUUUUCUGUCCCCUGGCAGCUUGGACUAGAAGAUACCCUUUUAGCUCUGAUUUUAUCGAUUUUGAUACCUCGGGUUCGGAUAGAGCAAUUGAAAAGAUUGAAUGAGAGAUUAUAUAAAUUGAUAUUUCACGCUGGAUAUCUCCUUGUAGGUUAAAAGCGCCACAUGCGAUUUGCCUGGCUCUACAUAUUACCUCUAGUUAUUUUCCCAAAUGUGAACAGAAUUCUACA